GGAGCCGCAUUUGUCUGCUCGAGGUGCUGGCCGAGCAAGCGUCGUGUUCGCCGGCGUUGAGCUGAAGUGUCAGCGGCGGCCACGGCCCGGGCGGGAGACCAAGUCGGAUCAACCACGCGCCCGCUGGCCGCAAUCGCUGGCAGGGGGCGGCGUGCCAGCGGAGCAACAUGCAGAUAGGCGCUCGGCGCUCUGACGACCCUUCCCGAGGAAAAGAGGCCAGGGCGGUGCUGGGGCGGAGGGGAGCAUGAGGGAGGCCGGGGGGUGGCUCGGCUUCGAGCGCUGCUAGGGAGCGGCGCACUCUGCACACUCGCCGGGGCGCAGCAGAGGGCGGGGAACCCGGCAGGUCGCGCCAGCGGGCGGGAGCCGACCGCCGGGAGCUGUUCUGAUUUCCGACGCGGACGCCAGGGGCCCGGAGCAGCCCCCAGCCCCGCCGUGCAGCCAACAUGGGCAACGCGGGGAGCAUGGAUUCGCAGCAGACUGAUUUUAGGGCGCACAGCGUGCCUUUGAAGCUGCCGAUGCCCGAGCCAGGUGAACUGGAGGAGCGAUUUGCCAUCGUGCUGAAUGCUAUGAACUUACCCCCAGACAAAGCCAGGUUACUGCGGCAGUAUGACAAUGAGAAAAAGUGGGAACUUAUUUGUGAUCAGGAACGAUUCCAGGUGAAGAACCCUCCCCAUACUUACAUUCAAAAGCUCAAAGGCUAUCUGGAUCCAGCUGUAACCAGGAAGAAAUUCAGACGGCGUGUUCAAGAAUCCACACAAGUGCUAAGAGAACUGGAAAUUUCUUUAAGAACCAACCAUAUUGGGUGGGUCAGAGAGUUUCUGAAUGAAGAAAACAAAGGUCUUGAUGUUCUGGUAGAAUAUCUAUCAUUUGCGCAGUAUGCAGUAACUUUUGACUUUGAAAGCAUGGAAAGCACUGUGGAGAGCUCGGUGGACAAAUCAAAGCCCUGGAGCAGGUCUAUUGAGGACCUGCACAGAGGGAGCAACCUGCCCUCCCCUGUGGGCAGCAGUGUAUCCCGCUCGGGAAGACAUUCUGCACUGAGGUAUAAUACUUUGCCAAGCAGAAGAACCCUGAAAAAUUCAAGAUUAGUGAGUAAAAAAGAUGACGUGCAUGUCUGUAUCAUGUGUUUACGUGCCAUCAUGAAUUAUCAGUAUGGUUUCAACAUGGUCAUGUCUCAUCCACAUGCUGUCAAUGAGAUUGCACUAAGCUUGAACAACAAGAAUCCAAGAACAAAAGCCCUUGUCUUAGAAUUGUUGGCAGCCGUUUGUCUUGUCAGAGGCGGGCAUGAAAUCAUUUUAUCAGCAUUUGACAACUUUAAGGAGGUUUGUGGAGAAAAACAGCGCUUUGAGAAGUUGAUGGAACAUUUCAGGAAUGAGGACAAUAACAUAGAUUUUAUGGUGGCCUCUAUGCAGUUUAUUAAUAUUGUAGUCCAUUCAGUAGAAGACAUGAAUUUCAGAGUUCACCUCCAGUAUGAAUUUACCAAGUUAGGCCUGGACGAAUACUUGGAUAAGCUGAAACACACCGAGAGUGACAAGCUGCAGGUACAGAUUCAGGCUUACCUGGACAACGUGUUUGACGUGGGGGCUCUGCUGGAAGAUGCCGAAACCAAGAAUGCAGCCUUGGAGAGGGUGGAGGAACUGGAAGAAAACAUCUCUCAUUUGUCUGAAAAACUGCAAGACACGGAGAAUGAAGCCAUGUCCAAGAUCGUGGAACUGGAAAAGCAGCUCAUGCAGAGGAACAAGGAGCUGGAUGUUGUUCGAGAAAUCUACAAAGAUGCAAAUACCCAGGUUCACACGUUAAGGAAAAUGGUCAAAGAGAAAGAAGAAGCCAUUCAAAGACAGUCUACCCUGGAAAAAAAGAUUCAUGAGCUGGAGAAACAAGGGACCAUUAAAAUUCAGAAGAAAGGGGAUGGGGACAUUGCCAUACUGCCGGUCGUGGCUUCUGGCACAUUGCCCACGGGGUCCGAAGUGGCCGCGGGUAACUUUGUGGGACCAAUAAUGGGGCCUGCCUCCUCAGGACCCUUGCCCCCUCCCCCACCACCACUACCUCCAUCGUCAGAUGCACCUGAAGCAGUGCAAAAUGGUCCAGUCACACCACCUAUGCCACCGCCCCCUCCCCCACCUCCCCCACCUCCCCCACCCCCUCCGCCCCCUCCUCCUCUCCCGGGUCCUGCAGCGGAGACUGUGCCAGCUCCUCCUUUACCACCACCCCCUCCCCCCUCUGCACCCCCACUGCCCGGGACGUCUUCACCCACGGUGGUUUUCAACUCAGGAUUAGCAGCUGUGAAAAUUAAGAAGCCAAUCAAGACGAAAUUCAGAAUGCCAGUUUUUAACUGGGUUGCCCUGAAGCCAAAUCAGAUCAACGGCACAGUCUUCAACGAAAUUGAUGACGAGCGAAUUCUGGAGGAUUUAAAUGUAGAUGAAUUUGAGGAAAUAUUUAAGACAAAAGCCCAAGGUCCUGCCAUUGAUCUUUCUUCAAGCAAACAGAAGAUCACACAGAAGGGAUCAAACAAAGUGACGUUACUCGAAGCCAACAGGGCCAAAAAUCUUGCCAUAACUUUAAGGAAAGCCGGAAAGACCGCCGAUGAGAUAUGUAAAGCUAUUCAUGUGUUCGACUUGAAGACGUUGCCUGUGGACUUCGUGGAAUGUUUGAUGAGGUUCUUGCCAACGGAGAACGAGGUGAAGGUGCUUCGGCUCUACGAGCGGGAAAGGAAGCCCCUGGAACACCUGUCGGAUGAAGACCGGUUCAUGAUGCAGUUCAGUAAAAUCGAGAGGCUCAUGCAGAAGAUGACCAUCAUGGCCUUCAUUGGGAACUUUGCUGAAAGCAUUCAGAUGCUGACUCCUCAACUGCACUCAAUUAUAGCAGCAUCUGUCUCUAUAAAGUCGUCCCAAAAACUCAAGAAAAUUCUGGAGAUCAUCUUGGCCCUUGGGAACUACAUGAAUAGCAGUAAACGAGGAGCAGUUUAUGGAUUUAAACUUCAGAGUUUAGAUCUGCUCUUAGAUACCAAGUCAACAGACCGAAAGCAAACACUGUUGCACUAUAUCUCCAAUGUGGUCAAAGAAAAAUAUCACCAGGUGUCCCUGUUUUAUAAUGAGCUUCAUUAUGUGGAGAAAGCUGCUGCAGUCUCCCUUGAGAAUGUUUUACUGGACGUCAAGGAGCUGCAGAGGGGCAUGGACUUGACCAAAAGGGAGUACACCAUGCACGACCACAACACGCUGCUGAAGGAGUUCAUCCUCAGCAACGAGGGGAAACUCAAGAAGCUGCAGGACGACGCCAAGAUCGCACAGGACGCCUUCGAUGAUGUGGUGAAGUACUUUGGAGAAAACCCCAAGACAACGCCACCCUCCGUCUUCUUUCCCGUCUUUGUCCGGUUUGUGAAAGCCUAUAAGCAAGCCGAGGAGGAGAACGAGCUGAGGAAGAAGCAGGAACAAGCACUAAUGGAGAAACUCCUGGAGCAGGAAGCCCUGCUGGAGCAGCAGGAUCCAAAGUCUCCUUCCCACAAAUCCAAGAGGCAGCAGCAAGAAUUAAUUGCAGAAUUAAGAAGGCGACAAGUUAAAGAUAAUAGACACGUAUACGAAGGAAAAGAUGGUGCCAUUGAAGAUAUUAUCACAGCUUUAAAGAAGAAUAAUAUCACUAAAUUUCCAAAUGUUCACUCGAGGGUAAGGAUUUCUUCUAGCACACCGGUGGUGGAGGAUACACAGAGCUGAUCUUAGAAACCAACCAUACAGACGAGCCGAUGCGGUGAGGAGAAGUGUCAGGCGGCGCUUUGAUGAUCAGAACUUGCGUUCUGUUAAUGGUGCCGAAAUAACCAUGUGAACCUGAGACCUGCCUGUAUGAAUAGAGGGUGUGCAUGAAUGAAACUGUCCACGUGAAUUUUAUGUGCUACCAUUUAACUGCAGCCUUGAACAUAGAUAAAAUAUUCUAAGGGCUCAGAUUUAGCAAACACAUAGGAAUUUAAAAAUGAUGGGCUCUCUCAACCUUUGUUAACAAGUGCCUAUAAAGUGGAAGUACCUGCUCAGAUUAAUCAAAGCAAUAGGGUUUGAUUUGAUUACGUAUCUUUUUACACCAGUAUGUUAUUCAAUUUUUUUAACCAAAAUAGAAAUUUCAUAUUAUAUUCAUUACCUGCCAUUGUGAUUGUCCCAUGAUGGCCCACCCUGGUUUCCUGAUAAGUUGUAAAUAACAUGGAUGCAUCUGCUGUGGGCAUCCUUUGCUGAGAUGUCUUUUAAGUACUUAAUUUUGUGUUUCAACCAUACCCAUCAACUUUCUCUAUUUUUAAGGGCUUGCAACAUAGAAGAAGGAAAAAGUCACGCCAUAAACUCUUUCUGUCUAUAACCAAGCCCCAGCAAAGUACAAACAGGAUGCAGUUGCAGAGGUACAGAAGUCAGUCAGCUCUCGUUUCAUGUCCUACUUCUGUGCUGGGGUACGAUGCCCUGGGGGAGACAUUCAUUGGUAUGAAUGAAUGCAAGGAUACAAUGGCACACGGAUGUUGUACAAGACUUAUUGGCAGUACUGUGUUCUUCAGCUAGAGGCAGCUUUUUAAAAAUACUGCAGAUGUGUUUAUUAGCACUAAAAUUAACAUCUCAGUAAUCAGUAUUAGGAUUUCUGAGGACCAUUAUGGGUCAAUCCUGAGAACAGAAAUCAGUGCCUUGCUAGCCAGGGAGAAGUUCACUAGCUCUAUCAACAAGCAUUCCAGAUUACUUCUGCUAGCGUAGUGUUAGUAACCUGGCCUUAAUUCUCCUCUGACAAUCGCAGGUUUUUGUUUUUUUCCUUUUUGUAGAUUGGAGAAGAUAUAUUUGGCAUCACUUAUCAAAGCUAAGAAAUUCUCGUAUUUCCCAGGUUACUUUAUGGGAAAUUGCAGUUAAAUUGCUGAAAUACUCACCUCGGGAUUAAGCUUAUAUGGUAUGUAACGGGACUAAACGGCCAACAAAGCCACUGCUGUUUUUCCUUCCUCUCUGGCAGGGCACUCGAUCCAUUCCAAAGUCGAAAACUGGACUGAAGCUAAUUUGUACUUUUCAUAAUAUACAUUCUGCUUCUGGCUUACCUUCUUGGUACAUUACAUCAAUAUAUUAAUUGUAAAGAUUAUUGUAUAGUAUUUAACCACUGAAUUUCUUAUUUUAUGUUGUGCUCAUGUGAACUCCUUGGUGAAGGUCCCAUUUUCCUUGGAUAAUGUGUAGUUAUAUAUCUCUUUUUAAAUGUACAGAUAUUUUGCUAUAAAAUUGGUGCAGUUUUUUUAUGGUUUUUACACUUCUCUUUAAUUCCCACCUAAGCCUCUGGGUAAUAUUGUAAAUAUUGUUUAAAAAUGCAUCAGCCUAUGCUAUACAAUCUGAAUGUUAUUUUAACUUAUAGUUUUUUUUAAUAUAUAUAUUUAACUACAAGGACAGUUUAGGGAUCAGUUACCACAUUUCACUUUAGCGUAUCUAUUUACAGAAAAAUUAAACUGCCACCUGCUAGCACAUUUUCAUAAAUGUGUACUCUAAAAAGAACAUGCCAAGAUUUUGUCUGUUGACUUAACAUUCAUUUUGAUGAAAAAACCAAUUUGACCAUGAGAUGUAACACAAAUAGCUGGUCCUUUACCACAAGCAGCUGUUUUCCAAAGCUCAGUGCUGAUGGACAUACAUGUUAAAAUUAUUGCCUAUUUAUUAAUUGACAAAUAGACAGUAAUGUUGGCAUGUUCUUUUCUGUUUUGUCUCUUAAUGGGUCUGCUUCUUAGCAAUAUUAGAAAUGUUUUAUAAAAGCAGUUCAUGUUACUUUUCUGGUCUUUUCAUGGCAUUUGAGCAAAUAAACUAUUUACACUACUAUUCUGUAAUAUGUUGUAGUCUUUCAAUGGUAUAUUUUUGGGGGGUUUGCCAGUUUUAUGUCCACCCUCAUCAUCUAGAAGCAGGUGUCUUGUGCUUAAAUCCAUAACUAAAUAUAUUCAGCACAUUUUAAGAAAAGCCCUUCCCUCUACACACAUUUGCUCACUUGUCGUAUGGAAAGUAGGAACCAAAGAUUUUUAGUAUUGAGUGAUACAUCUCCAGAGUCAUAGUUGACUUUCUUCCUUCCAGAAAAACAGCACUCUUGUUUGGUGAGAUACUGCCAUUUGUUGUUAAUGAGAAUGUUUCGUAUACACAGGCAGGCCUCACGUGGACUGCACGGAGGCACCCUGCACCUAACCGCCAUGUUGGUUGGCAGGGUAUGUACAAGCAGUUUGACCCCCACUGCACACACACAGUAAUAUUUGUAAUAAUUCCAAGUCAUUGGAAAAGUUUAGUAUAUUCUUCUUAGUACAUUCAUUUAACAUUCUUUAAGGGAAGCAAGAAAAUUUGUAAUUCACUUAAAAAUCUCUUAGGGGGCUUGAAAACAAGUUAGAAGGGUAUAAGAAAGUCUUUUAAGUAAUUAUUGUUGCAUUAGGUCCUUGUUCCGGUUCUGAGCUCUUUCUGCUGCACCAGUUACACAGUGUACAGGCGUACCUCCUUUUAUAGCACUUUGCAGAUUGUUUUUUUUUUUUUUAAUAAAUUGAAGGUUUGUGGCAACCCUGCAUUGUCACGUUAGCAUUUUUCAAGGAAUAAAUCAUUUAGUUGAGGCAUGCACUUUGUUCUUUUUAAAGACAUAAUGCGAUUCCACACUUCACAAACUAUAGUAUAGUGUAAAUAUGCACUGGGAACCAAAAAAUUCACUUUUAUUUCAAUAAUCUGGAACCAAAUUUGCAGUAUCUCCAAAACAGAUCUUAGUUGAAGCUUUAUUUUAUCAAGUGGGAGGGAAAAGUUAAAUUCUGCAGACUCUCUGUUUUGUACCAGGACAAAUGCCUCAUGGUAAAGGAAAGAAGGUCUUUCUGAAUUGAUAGAAUAUUAACAUUUUCAAACCUAAACUACAGUAGUAAGUUCAAUGAGACCGAGUAUGGUUAGGUUUAGGACACUAUAAAACAGUAACACUUAUUUUUAAAGAGAUUUACUAAUGACCUAAGUCCCUUUGUUUCCCACUCCCAAUCUUUGUGACCACAGAUCUAGCCCUCACUCCACUGAGAUUCACUGCAAUGACACUGCAGUGAUCGCCCAGUGACGCUGCUGACACAACACUGCUCAGAAGAUAAAAAGGGACGUAAUACCAAUCACUGAUUCUGCAGGUUCAACAUACUGCAUUGUGUAGAAUGGUCUAGUUUUACACUGUAAAAUACACUUUUGUAGUAGUAGCUUUAUAACUCACAUCUCAAUUUUAAAUUUGAUAAAACAAAAUGCUUCUUAGCCCUAAUGUACUUGUUUUUAUGUGCAGAGGUGAAUUAUCAGCCCACUUCAUAAAAAGGGAUUGAUCUUACAUUUCUUUGAAAACUAAUACCCCAUCUAUUUCUAGGAAGAAAUUUGAAGCAAGAAAUAAAUGCAUGAACAAGUAAGUAUUGACAAACUUUUUGAACUAACUUUUUAUAGAGAAAAGCACGUAUUACACUGAGAAAACAAUGUGGGUGGGCAUCUCAUUUCAUAGCACAGAACUGCUGCACGACAGUGCUCAAAGGAAAAAGUUGACACAAAUCCAGUUACUUAGUAAAAGAUGCCAUUUUUUCUAAUAAAUUAUAUUUAUUUACAAAAGGUCUACUUUUAUAUAACUGAGGUUUUGUUUUUUUUUUACAUCAGAACAAUAUAUAAACAGAAGAGAAAAUCUGGCAAUUACAAACACAGAAAGUAGAAACAUCCCCCCUAUUACUCACCUUUCAGAACAAGUCUUUAGUUGUAGAGGUAGGCAAAAGAUCAACACCUACCAAAAAGUUUGCAGGCAGGAACAAAAAAUAAAGAUGUAUAUAAAUAGCACAUUUAGAUACCGCAAGAAGGAUAAAAAACAGCAUCAAGAAAUGGCUUAGUUUGAGUCUGUGACUAGGCAGCCACUCUACAGUUGGACUGAAAACUGGAGUGAGGAGUGAGCCAGUUCCCUUGAAAUGCAAACAUCAACCUUAAACUGAGGGCCAUUACCAUCAGAUGAACAGUUACCAAUCACUAACAAUGAUGAGAUGGCCUUGUUAUUAGAUCAUAUUGAGUCACGAAAGCAGCAUUGAUGUAGCAAGUUUAAAAAGCACAGAAAAUCUGCUGCAGGUGAGGAACUUAAGCCAGGUAGACAGACCAAGUGAAAUGGAAGGCAAAGGGGAAGUGUGUGGGUAAUUGGAGCAAAAUCAUCUCAUUUCCCACCGCACCUUUUAAGUCCGCUCCAGUAACCUUUAAGUUUCUAGCUCACCAUUAU